ACCUAGUCCUAAACUGCAGACCUACGUAUCAGUGUUAAGUACUGGCCCAGUGGGUCCCAGUGAUACUGUAGGAGGAGCAGAUAAGCAGCUGAUUCUUGCCACUUGUAUGAGUGAUGGCCUCAUAUUAAAGCCAUCAAGACCUGCUAUGUCUCUGGACUCUACUUUCCUUCAGCGAGCACUUGGUAAAGGAGGGCCUGAUGGAUAUCUCACUGCAACUUAUACUGAAGUGUCUGGUUAUACUUGGUAUUACAUACUGGGAGCUGAGCUUAAAAGUGACUAUCAAAUGUCCGUCACAGAAUUACCAGCUGCUCGUGAUGGUACCAAGCCUAAGACCUCCUUCCCGGAGUCAGUAGCAGUUCAAUACGACCUUGACAAAACUGUUGGAUCAAAUUACGUGAAAAUAUCAGAUUCAAGUGCAAAGCUGACGAUAAAAUCCUGUCAAGUAUCAGAUUUCCAACACUGGUACAUAGCACCUGUACUACCAGGUAGUGGUGGGGCAUUGCUAGGAGAGCUGGAUAAGGUAGUACCAAUAUCAGAGCAGAGGGUUCUCACUGUAAUCCUCUUCGCUGGUACUUAUGUUGUUAAGAUGAGAGGAGCUCCUGGAGAAGUGGUAUCAAUGUCGACAAUAAAUACUAGUGAUGGUAAAGUGACUAGUAUUGAUUGCACAUUGGACUCUACAGGUGCUGGUACGCUAGGGUUCUCUGAUGUUAAGAACCUAUCCUGCUAAAUCACUAACCAAGCUAUUAUUAUUGCUAGCUGAUAAAACUGCUUUUUGCUAUGCAGAAUUCUAGUUAGUAUUUUAAGUUUAUUAAUAUUAAUAAA